AUGGUCUCGUCGCCGACUCCUAAACACGGUGCGAGGACCACGUACCAGGACGCGUUGGCUUAUAUGCGCCUCGUGGAGGACACGUUCAAGGGCACAAAGUACGAGGACUUCAUUGCAAUAUUAGAAGAAUACAGGGCAAAAAGGGUUAGCCUUGCUGAGGGGGCAAAAAAAAUACAGGAAAUGUUCAAGGGGGAAAAAGAACUUCUUCUAGGGUUCAACAAGUUUGUGCCAAAAGAGUAUGAGACUCAAUUUCCAGAAGAGAAGCGUGAGGAUUCGGCGCCGAGUUCUAAACGAACGGGCACUUAUGAGGAUGCACAAAAAUACAUUGAGUUGGUGAAGGAGAAAUUGAGGGACCAAAAUGAAAAACUUGAGAAAUUCUUUCAAAUUAUUAUGGAUUACCAUAGUAAAAGGAUUUCCAUUUUUGAGAUGAUCAAUAAGAUGAAGGAAUUGCUUAAAGGGGACAGAGAACUUAUUCUGGGGUUCAACAUAUUUUUGCCAAAAGAGUAUGAGGCUCAAAUUCCCCAGGAGAAGAAAAUUUUCUAA